CGCGCACCUUCACUUCCUUUGCUUUUGCUCUUUUCUUUUUCCUUUUUUUUUUUCUUUAAAAGAAUUACGAUUCCACUCCCUCGUCUUCCAAUAAUAUGCCCUUUCUUCUUCUUCUUCCUUCUUAUUCGCCAUGAAAUCUCCCGAUACGGCGGCGACUACCCAUUCUCUCCAGCACUCUUUCCGCACCUUCUCCCUCAACCACCGUCUCGCAUCUUCUUCCUCUUCUUCCUCUUCUUCUUUCUUGGACCACGAACAACGUCAUCAUCAGCUCCACACUACCUUGGACCUCAACUCUCACAUCUCCCUCCCUCCUUUCUGGGAACAAUGCCUCCAUUUGAAGUUCCGUUCGGUCUUCCAGACAGGGGAAGUCUACUACACAAACUGCCGGACCGGAAUGAGAGUAAAGGAAGAUCCGAGGAUGGCGAAAGAUUUAUACUCCGAAGACGACGACGAUGAUGACGAGAGCUCCUCGGACGAGGGCAGCGAGGAAUCGUGUUCUUCGUCAUCUUACAGCGGUAGUAGACAGCAAUACCCGAGGGAAAACGAGGAGGAGGUGCUGGUGGUGGCGGGAUGCAAGAGAUGCUUCAUGUACUUCAUGGUGCCGAAACAGGUCGAAGGUUGCCCCAAAUGCAGCAGCAGUCGUCUUGUUCAUUUCGAUCGGACCCACGACAAUAAUGGCUUCCCAUGACAAGGAACCAUAUAUAUUUGUGAAAAAGAAAAUCAAACUGUAAUUGGGUUAUAUGACCUGACAAAAAAUACUUGAUUCUUUUCCUUGGGGUUAAAAGCAAAUGGGGUUUGAAUUUUUCUUGUGCUCUAGCUCGCGUCAUGUCCAGGAUGUGUAUGAUGUCUCAGUGUGUGUUGAUGCGUAUGGAUU